AUUUGGUAUAAAGCCGGGACUGCUCAAAGCUGCUACCUUGCGAGGUCCCACGUCGCAGUUUACACCACGUUUCAAUAGUUUGCGAGGCAGUCCUAAUAAUAAGGUUGCAGUAGUUAAUUGGUCUUCCUGUGGUUGCUGGCCUACCUCCUGACGGCAACGACAACAACUUCUACUGUGCAGUUACCGGUUCCUUUCAGGACAUCGCAUCGGCGUCGAAUGCGACAUGCGUGGAGCGCAAGUCCUACUACUACUGCUUGUGGCUCUAACUCUUGGCCCCGAUGCCAGAGGUUCCUUACAGGCAGUUAGUAACCACGAAAGCGGUGACUCUCAAGGCAAUGCCGGACUCACUAACCAAAUGCUCAGGGGCAGCAGCGGAAGCGGCUGCCACCGCUCGGACUGCACCGCCAAUAACGAAAGCGUGCUCAGCGGCAACGAUGGAGACGCGAGCAGCAGCGGAGGCCUAACUGGUUACCAUCCGCCGAAGGCCGCGACGGGUCUAUUGGAUGGCUUGUUGCGUCGGCUUGGUGUUCACAGCAGUGCUACGGAGGAUGCCCCCAAGGGUUCAGGCGCCCCACACCGGCGACGUCAGCUGAGACGACGCUUACUGGAGGAGAACCAAAGCGUUACAGGUCCUUCAUCCCCGGUGCCCUCGCAUCCGCUGGCACCCCCCAGCCUCGGCGCCUCACCGCCCACUUACUACUACUCAUCUUCAUCUCCACCUCUUCCGGCACAACCCCAACCCGCCUCUAGCCCACCACUGCCGUCGCCAUCUUCCUCGCCAACCCCACCGCCGCCGUCACCAUCGCCAUCAGCGCUUCCCAGCGCACCUCCAUCUCCGGCGACCAACACGUCGCUUUACAGCCUGCCGCAAUCCGCAGAAGUCUCGCCGUCGCCGUCACCGCCAUCACCAUCACCGUCGCUGCCACCGG